CACGACCAAGCCAAUCACAUGCAUAAGUGAAAUCCGUGUCUUUGGCGCGCCCGGUGUCUAUAUGCACCGGUUCAAGAAGCACGCAAUGCGCGAUGAUUUGAGGCGAGGAUACCCCAUUCUUCUUAAUCCACCUGCCCUCGAACAUCACCACCAUCAUGGGUAUGCUUUUUUCACGCGUCAUGGACCGCCUCUUCAGCAAGCAGGACGUCCGCAUCCUCAUGGUCGGCCUCGACGCCGCCGGCAAAACCACGAUCCUCUACAAGCUCAAGCUCGGGGAAGUCGUGACGACGAUCCCGACCAUCGGCUUCAACGUCGAGACGCUCGAGUACAAAAACAUCAACUUUACGGUCUGGGACGUCGGUGGCCAAGACAAGAUCCGCCCGCUGUGGCGCCAUUACUACGACAACACGCGCGGCCUCAUCUUCGUCGUCGACUCGAACGACCGCGACCGCAUUGACCAAGCCCGCGACGAGCUCCACCGCAUGCUGGCGCAAGACGAGCUCCGUGACGCGAUCACGCUCGUCUUUGCCAACAAGCAGGAUUUGCCCAACUCGAUGAGCGCGGCCGAGAUGACCGAGAAGCUCGGUCUGCGAACGUUUGGCCGGCCGUGGUACAUUCAGGCGUGCUGCGCGACGACGGGCGACGGCUUGUACGAAGGCCUCGACUGGCUCUCGGCAACGUUGAAAAAGCAGGCGCCGUAAAUCCUUCUCCCUCAAAUCAUUAACUUGCCGUUCAUAUUUUUGCUAGCAUUUGUAAAUGCUUUCUUCGAUGUCGACGAGGAUGAGGGUCUACUUCGCAAGGACAACGAUACAUAUUUGAGUACGGGAUCUGGGUAUUCUACUGGCCCAUGGACCGGGCUGAACGCAAUGGAAGAUCACACUUUGAUGCA